GCUCUAGCUAGUCUCAUGAUCUCAUCUUCUACACAUCGACCAAAUUAAGCUAGGCAGGUAGAGGCCGGCGGCGGGCAGACAUCAAGGAGAAGGAUGCCGACGGUGCGGCGGCGGAACCCGGACGUGCACGUGAAGGCGCUGGAGGGGAUCGUCUCCGCCAACACCUUCCUCACGGUGGCCGUCUUCAUCGGCAUCACCGGCACCAUCACGGCCUCCUCCACCGUUCCCACGAACUGCGUCGCCGGCGACGACAUCGCCCGCAACUUCUUCCUCUUCGAGAUCCUCUCCUUCGGCUUCUACCUCCUCUCCAGCCUGGUCGCGCAGGGCAUGAAGCUCUGCGUCACGCUGCUGGCCGCCGGCGACGACUUCUACGGCGACGGCGAGCAGAAGCCGGUCAUGACCGACGACUGCGAGGAGAUGCCGGCGUGGCGCGCGGCGGGGCCCCGGGAGCGGCGCCGCGCCGUGCUGCGGUACGCCAGGCCCAUGAUGCUGCUCGCUGCGGUCUGCUCCAUCAUGGGCACCUUCUUCCUGCUGCUCUCCAUGAUCGACGCCAUCCAGCUCAAGUUCGGGAUCCUGUCGUGCAACAUCCCAAUCGCCGUCGGCGCCACGUUCGCGCUCUGCGUGCUCGCCGUCACCGGCCUCAUCUUCUACGGGUGCACCGUCGCCUACGCUCUCACCAACUACAUGCCGUGAGCGUGACAGCUCACCUGCCGGUUGUUGCAUCUACUAGUUCAUUCUUUCUUAAUUAUCUUGGGAUUAGUCAAUUUUACAGCACCUAAUGUGCAUAUUCUGAUCAAUUAACUUUAUUCCGGUUGAUGCUAGAAGUGUAAGUACUACGGAGCAGUACAUUAUUUUUUCCUAUGGGAGUAUCAUUUUUUUAUGUUUCUCUUGUAUAAAAGGAAGAGGGAA